GCCCGGAAGACCGCGACGCGGCCUUCAUGGAGCGUUUGCGCUGCCUGGCGCGGGAGGCGCUCAGCUGGGCUUGGCUCACUCCGCAGCAACGGCUGGUGUGGGCCGCGGCCAUCAAGCUGGAUGCGGUGCCUUUGCAGGAGCUUCCACCGUGGGUUUGGGAGCGGCAGAACGUCACUCUUAGGCAUCCAGGCGUCGACCUGCUGAGCCUGGACGGCCGCCGGGCCGUGCGGUGCAUCGACGGCAUCGACGACAUCGACAUCGUUGAGGAUGCGGCGCGCUUCGUCCGAGUGGCGCAAGAGGUCUACAAGGUGCCAAGCUGCACCGUGGUGACCUCGACGGCCUCGACAAGAUUGUCAAAGCAGUCCCGAGCAUGGCUCCAGCAAUCGGGUGCUGAGUAUCGUUGCAUGACGGAGAGAGACCUGCAAAGGCUGGGU